CGAACCGCGAUCACUCGUAAAGCUCGCGUUCGAACAGCCAGGCAAUUGGGAGAUCGCGAAUACACAGCCCGUACGUGUCGUUCGCUCCGACCGGCCGGGUACUAUAUACGAUACGGUCUUCACGAGAGAUAGAGCACCUUCGGUGAUUCGGAUAACAAAAUCUUCACCGAAUGUCGGCUUCCCGAUGACGAUCGCGCAAAUGCGAACGUGAUCCACGAUCGAUCUCUUGAGAGAAAGAGAGAGACCUACGAUCGCGGGCACGAAUCGUUUUGAACCGUCCGAUUAUACUCCCGCGGCGUGAAACACUUGUUCGUCCGUUCGGCGCGUAAAGAGCGUUGUUUGGAGGGCUCGUUGGAGGGGGCGAAAUGGGGACAUUUGUGAGGAUUUGGGCGAUUUUCUGUCUGAUCGGUUUGUCGCGCGCCGAGUCGCCGGUGGAGGUCUUGACAUCCUCGAGCAGUCUCGGCACCUUCGAGGAAGAGGACAUACUACGCGUGCUUGAGCGCAACAAGACCGACACGACGAAGAACUUCACUUUCGUCGAGCUGAUCAGCAGCCUCGGCAAUUACACGAUCGACACCGAGAAAGAUCUAUGGAGUGACGACAGGCCGGAAGUGCAUCACACGAAUCCGCACUAUGAGGACUUUCCCGAGAAAAUCGAUCUCGAGGCACGCAGACUGUUGCAAAUCCUUCCCCCUUACGAUCCCGGCGCGGGAGGCGUCAGCGCGGAAUGCAAACGACACGCCGACAUCUUCCACGAGGAGCUCGCCAAGUUCACGCUGUGGGCGCUCAAAAUGUACGACGCGACCGCGAAGGUGCCUUCCGGCCUUCUGAGCGGCAAUGUCAAUCAAUUCGGCGACUUCGACGAGUGCGUCGGUGUCGAGGGCAAGGAUGGCAUCCGCGGGCAGUAUUGCCUGGCGUAUCUGCAGCUGGACGUCGACCAGUCCCGGCCGGACCUCAAGUACCUGCAUCGCCUGCUGCAUUCGCAUUACGCGUUUCGUAGCAACAUGACCGACCCCGGUCACAGAGUGCCGCGCUUCAGUAGCGUGAAUUGGGCCAUAUGCACCCCCGCGUCGUGUACAGCCCGGGAUGUGGAGGCCUCCCUUCAACAUACCAUCUCGAAGUACACGGCGCAGACUGGUCUCAAAAUCUCGCUGCAGGUGGAGCCGAACAUGUGUCAAGUGAGGCAAGAAGUCGAGCUAUCAAAAGCGACUGUCGCCACUAGUCUUCUCUUCGUCACCGUGUCCGUUCUGACACUCGUGGCCGCGUACUGCGAUCAUUUCAAAAUACCGGUCAGCGAAUUGCUUUUAUCGUUCUCUUUGAAACGCAACGUUCUGAAAUUAUUCUCGUUGGAGAGACCGCAAGGCGACAUAGCGGCGCUCCACGGUGUUCGAUUAUUGAACAGCGUUCUGUUGCUCAUAGCUCACAAGAGCAUGGCGGUAUUCUUCAACCCUUAUAUGAACCGAACUUACAUGAGCGAGUUUUUAGGUAAACCGUGGACCGUCAUAGGGAGAGCGGCCAGCCUGUAUACCGAUCCGUUCAUCAUGUUGUCCGGUUUAUUAACGACGUAUUCGUUCGUCGGUAGACUGAAGAGGAACGGAGCUUUGGACAUCAAGAACGAAUACUUGUCGCGUUUGCUAAGGCUAGUGCCGACUCUAGGGGCGCUGAUAUUGUUCUGUACUUACAUUAUGCCGUACAUCGGAUCUGGACCGCAGUGGCCGCUGGUGGUGACCAAUCACGCGGAAAUCUGCAAAAGAACAUGGUGGCGGAAUUUCUUAUUUAUUCACAAUUAUUUCGGAUUCGAGCAUAUGUGUCUUACGCACACGCAUCAUGUAGGAAUUGACACGCAACUGUUCGCGAUUUCACCCCUGCUGGUGUUGAUCCUGUACAAAAAGCCAAAGAUCGGCGCUAUUGUACUCGGUAUAAUAGCCUCGGUAUCGACGCUAUUGAGAUUCUACGUCACGUAUACCAAAGAUCUCAACAAUUACGUGUACUACGGCACGUCGAUAAGACAAUUAUUCGACACCGCGGAUUACUCCUACACGUUACCGUCGCACCGAUUGACCGUUUACAUCGUCGGUAUCUUCGCGGGUUACUUGCUGCGGAAUAUACCCAAGGACUUUAAGCUGGGCACAACAGCCCUCUACACAGGCUGGACCGUGAGCGGCCUGAUGUUCCUAGCGGCUUUCGUCGGGCCCUCCAAAAUGGGCUCGAUCGAUUACGUGUACGACCCGAUUCACGCGGCUACCUACAACGCGUUCGCUCCCAUCGGUUGGUGCGGCCUGUUCCUCUGGAUAGCGAUAACGCAGCACACCGGCAGUUCAAACGGAUUCUUGAACAGACUGUUCUCCUGGCGAGGAUUUCUCGUUACCACGAGGAUCAGUUACGCCGUUUAUCUAACGCAAUUCCCGAUAUUUUUCUACAACGUUGGGCAAACCCGCACCGCGGAACACUAUGAAUUUUUCAAGAUAUUGAUAAAUCUGAAAGAGUUAUCAUGGAUUCUUCUCAUGUCGGUAGUUCUCACGCUACUGUUCGACACACCGUUCCAGAACCUAAAAAAUUAUAUAUUGAAAAAACCGGCGUUGAAACAGGAUACAGCGAAAUCCUCCAAAGUGGAAUAAUUUUAUUAUUUUAAUUUUAUAUCAAUUUUGACCAAAUAUUUUAGCUUGACUACAAUAUCUCGUCUACGGCGCACUUUGUACAUAGCGUUUUUUUAAUUAAACUUUUAAUAAUUAACGUGUAGAUAAAUUACGGUACGAUACGAGGUACUAUAGAAAGAGAGAAUUGAGAGAAGAAAUUAUUUAGUGAAAAUUUUUUAAUUCAAACUUUCUUUAUGUAGGAAAAUUAUGUAGCAAUUAGCGGAAUGCACGCAAAUGAGAAGUGUGCUUAUAAAAAGGUUUCUCCCUUUUUUUUAAUGAAUAUCGACCGACUCCCAUUGUGUAAUUAAAAGUAAUAUUCAUUACAUUUUUAUACAGCAAUAAAUGUGGCUAUAAGAAUAAUUGUAAAUAUUAGUUCCUCGUUAAAUUCUCGUGCAAUUUAAUUUAAAGAAUACUAUUCUUACACUCAGGCAUAGUACUACGUAAUUUGUAAUUACUACGUAAUGAUGCAUACGGAUUGGCGCUGCAUGCUUCAAUCCUUAUCCUUUAUAGAAGCAAUAAAGAUAUAGAAGAUUAAUAAAUAAUGUAAAAUAAUAAAUAUUUCAAGAGGUAAAAA